AAUAGGCCACCUCCAUCCUAGUUCCAUCCGUCCCUCAACCCCCAAAACAAACGGAGCCUAAAUUCCAUCUAUUCCCUCAGUAAACUUGUUCGAACCAAGACCAUCUAUCACCUCUCUUCCUCUCUCUGUUUCAUUUGGUAGUUCAUAUUCACUCACUGUAGUAGAAGAAAUUUCUAGGGUUUUGCGUUUAAUUCAGCUCAAUGGCAUCUCAUCCCCAUCUCGACGAUGAUGAUGAUUUCGGAGGCGAUUUUCCGGCAAGCCAUGCUUCUAGGCGUUCAGGCAAUAAGAGAAGCUUUGGGGAUCUUGAAGAUGACGAAGACGACAUUUUUGGCUCCAAGAAGGGUAAUGUAAAAGUGGAAGAAACUGCACCUGGGGUGGCAACUGGGAUGAUUUUGUCCCUUCGUGAGAGCCUUCAAACUUGUAAGGAUACCCUUGCAACAUGCCAAAUGGAGCUUGAAGCUGCGAAGGCUGAGAUUCAAAAGUGGCACUUAUCAUUUCAGAACGAGUCCUUCAUACCUGCAGGAACAUCCCCUGAACCUAAAUUAGUAGUCAGUUAUCUUCAGAGCCUGAAAUCCUCAGAGGAGUCAUUGAGAGAGCAGCUAGAAAAGGCAAAAAAGAAGGAAGCUGCAUUUAUCGUAACUUUUGCAAAACGAGAGCAGGAGAUUGCAGAAUUGAAGUCUGCCAUACGAGACUUGAGAGUGCAACUUAAGCCAUCAUCAAUGCAGGCAAGGAGGUUGUUACUAGAUCCAGCUAUUCACGAAGAGUUCACACGUUUAAAGAAUUUGGUGGAGGAGAAGGAUAAGAAAAUAAAAGAGUUGCAGGAUAAUGUUGCUGCUGUCAAUUUUACACCACAAAGCAAGAUGGGCAAGAUGCUGAUGGCUAAAUGUAGGACCCUGCAGGAGGAAAAUGAGGAGAUUGGAAACCAGGCUAAUGAAGGAAAGAUUCAUGAGUUAGGAAUGAAACUUGCUCUGCAGAAAUCUCAGAAUGCGGAACUCAGAAAUCAAUUUGAAGGAUUGUGUAAGCUUAUGGAGGGACUGACAAAUGAUAUGGAAAAAUCGAACGAAAUGGUUUUCAUCUUACCUGUGCUUAUCUUGCAAGAUAGUGUAGAAGAGAAGGAUGAUGAGAUCACAAGGUUGAAGCAGGAGUUGCAGCAGAGGAGCAUAGUGGAAGAGGGGAAGACUGAGGUAGCUUCUGAUAAGAAAGAUGGUGACAUCGACGGAGGGAUGCUAUGUCCUGAAGCAGAAACAGAGAGUUAGUAAACUUACUUAUCCGAAAGGACUUCACCCCCCAACACCGCCGCGCCCCCCCCGGCGCUUUCGCUGUCUGUAUAUUGUACAUUAAUUUUGGUCUUCUAUUUUUCUUGACUUAAAUUUUCUGUAUCUUUUAGUAGGCCAAUAAAUUUUGAGACUUGGGAAUAAAUUCCCAAAGCUGUUGUAACAUGAUGCAUAGGCAUGAUUUUUGAAUGGGACUGCCCCCUUUCCCAACCCUACCAUUAAAUGGUUGAUUGUGGAGGCUGCAAAAUGGGAAUUGGGAAGUUCAGGACAACACUAUGGAUGACAUUCCUCUCGCUAACCUGCUGGACCGCAUUCCAUUUUUUUUAGUGUGCAUACGGGGAUUGUGUUCAUUAUCAGGUUAGGGUUUAGAGAAUAUGUGCUAGAAUGAAACCUAUACUUUGUUAUCAUAUUAAUGGGUAGGCAACCAUAAAUGUUUUCAAAUAUUUGGAAUUGGUUUUUGCAGGAUUUGAAAAUGAUGAAUGUUUUUGAA